AUAUGGGACGAAUCAGUAUGGGAAAUUAUCCGUUGUGCAUUUCCAGAUAACCAACGAGGUAGCAAGGUAAUCACAACCACGAGAAUUGAGACAGUAGCUAAUGCAACCUGCAACUAUCGGCGUGAAUUCAUUUACAAGAUGAGUCCUCUUGAUGACCAAAACUCAAGAAAAUUAUUUUUCAGUAGAGUUGGACAGAUUGAUCUUCAGCCAUUAGAUGAGAUUUCGAAUGAAAUUCUACAAAAAUGUGGUGGUCUCCCGCUUGCUAUUGUCAGUAUUGCUAGUCUUUUUGCCGGUCAACCAACUAGAUCAGUGUCACAAUGGAAGCAUGUGUGCAAUUCUUUAAGCUCAAAUAUGAGAACAAAUCCAAGUUUGGAGGGCAUGAGACAGGUACUGAACCUUAGCUACAACAAUCUUCCUCAUCGUCUGAAAACUUGUUUGUUGUAUAUUGCCAUGUACCCAGAGGAUUACAUUAUUGCAAAGAAUGAUCUUGGAAGGCAAUGGGUGGCUGAAGGUUUCAUCGGCAAAAUACAUGGCAAGGAUGCAAAUGAGGUCGCUGAAAGUUGCUUUAAUGAGCUUGUCAAUAUGAACAUGAUCCAACCUACUCCCUCCGUUCGGAAAUUCUUGUCUUAGA